UUCCAAAAGUGGAAUAAGAAUGUGUCUUUAUAUAUUCCUAAACCCACCUUGGACUCCUCAAACUUAAGAUACGCUAUUUCUUAUUCUUGUUUGUUCAUUCGCAUUCUAAAAAGUGUUUUCUGCCAUUUUUCUUCAGUCUUCAACAAAGAAGGGAAUCCAUGGAGAAGAAUGGUCAAUUUCGUCCCUGUGAUACUGAAUUGAUAAUGCAAUUGCUGAAGUUUUUGGCUGGAAAAUGCUUGCCAACUGAAGGAUUAAUUGGCUUUGCAGAUGUUUACAGCAAAGAGCCAUGGCAAUUAAUUGGAGACACCAAGAAAACCCAUUACUUCCUCACUCAAUUGAAGAAGAAGAAGUCCACUGAUGCCAGAUUCAACAGAACUACCUGUAAUGGGACUUGGACACAGCAGAAUAAAGGCAAGGAGAUUCUUGAUGAGGAUGAGAGUCUCAUUAUUGGGUAUAAAAGAAGCUUGAGUUACAAGAGCAAGAAAAACUCUUGUUUGAAUGGCCGUUGGUUGAUGAUGGAGUAUUUUUUGGCUGACUCUCUUCUUAAGCAGUUGAAAUCUAACGAAGCAAAAGAAUUUGUAAUCUGUGCAAUUAAGAAGAACCCUAGAUCAGAAAUCCGAGGAAGCAGUAUUGCUACUGUUGUAGAAUAUAAGAGGUUCAUUGACCGUGUCUUGCAAGAACCCUCACAACAGAGUACUAUGAUUUUCUCUAAGAACAAUCCUAUGAUGUUGGAGAGUACCUCGUCUGAUGCUUUUUCUGUGGAACAAUUAGAACCAACGGAUGGAAUGUUGGUUCAAACUGAUUCUGAUGGAUUCUUUGGAAUGCUGAACAUGGAAAAUCAAGAAUGCUAUUAUCAGGAAGGUGAUGAGGUGGAAGUUGAUUGGGAUUCUCUAUUGGAUUUUGGGGAUCAUGGUUUAGUGCAAAGUGACUUGCUUUACUAAUUCUGGAAAAUUGAAGCUUGGUAAAUUUUUGAAAAGGGUAUGUUUUAUUCUUGAGUUUCUUUGAAAUCCAAGAUAACUUUUUUUUAGAUUAGGGUACUUUUAGUUGGGAUAUCUCUGAAAUCUUAGGGAUAUUUAGAUUAUGUUGGUGUUAAAAUAACAACCGACACAUUUUUUCAUCAUCGAUUUUGUGCAAUGUAGAUGAUGUUUUCAUUUUCUCAAGGUCUCACCGACUCUUAGAGUUCAAUUCUUAUUGUUUAUAAUGAAAAGUUCAAUUAUGAAAGAUGCUCUUUUUUA